AAGAAAUGAAUUCAAGGCACAAGACAGAUUCUGGAGCUACUUCACCAAGUUUCAGGAACCUCUAUCACAAAGAUUCCACUAAUAAAAGGAAGAAUAGAUUAAAUCCUGAUAUCCAUAUAUCUGAAGGGACUGAAUUUAGGAAGAAGACUAAACCUAAAGAUCUUGAAAAGGAAGAAAAGAAGUAUGAAACUCAAAGGAAAACUAAUUUCAAGCUAAAUCAGAAAUUUAAAAGAAACCAGGCAAGAAAUCUACAGCGAGAAAAUGACUAUCGGAAACAUAUUGAAGAGCUCCAGAAAGACCUCAAAGUCAGACUUGGCUUUGAAGUAGGAGUCGCAGACGAGAAUUUUCAGAAAAUUAAAGGGCUUAAAGAUCAACUUCAUUCAAAAAUUAAUGAAGUUCAUCAAAAAGUGUGGGAUUUAAAACAAGAGCAAGAAGAAGAUAUUGCCAGAAAACUCAGCAUUGACCAACGCAAAGUUGAGUUUGGAGAUAAUGACGGAGCAAAAGGAGUGUCUAAAGAAGGCCUUAAGGAUCGUGAGAACCAACUCAACCAACAUCUUGAGUAUAUCGCCAGUAUAGCACAAAAGAUCCAGGAUGAGAAUGUUUCAUUAGUUAAGAAAAACUCUGAACUUAAAAAGCAGUAUCAGCAUCAAGAGAAUGACAGGGAAUUACUUCUGAAGCAAUUAGUUAUGCUUAAGAAGGAAAAUUCUCAAAUGAAACAAGAAAUUAAUUAUUAUGGUAAAAUCACAGAAGAGAAGAAAGCUGAAGAAGAUGAGCAAAUUGAUCUCGAAAACUCUCCAGAAAAAUCAAUGUCUAAGAGUGAUGCCAGGACCCUCCUUAGCUCGAGAGGGAAGCAAAGGAGGAAACUUCAGAAGGGCCAAAGAAUGUAUUUAACUACAAAGGCUUCUCAAGCGCCUAAAGCCAAAAGCCCAGAUUGUUUUUCUUCAGUUUUAAAUCCAGCCCCAUUGGAGACAGAGGAAGAUAAAAUCCUGAGAUAUGAGAGAAUAAUUGAAAAACUUGAAAAAAAUCUUGAAUUCGAAGAAAGGAGUCUCAAAAAUGUUCAGAAUCAAUGCAAAGCUGAGUUAAGGAAGAGUACUGAAAUUGAAGAUAUGCUUGAUGAAUGAGUCCACCAAGUGAAAGUAGAUAUCCAGAAACGAAAUCGAAAUUCUAAAAAGAAACAAGUCAAGGUCCCCGAAAAUAGUAAGAAAUAUAGUACAAUUGAUGACAUUGAUUUCACAGAAGACGAUGGAGAAAGAGUCCUAGAAUUACUUCUUUCUCAAGACAAAGCUCUUGAGCUUCUUUAUGGUCAGAAAAGUAGUCCAAGCAAGGGAUUGAGCACUGCAAAGCCCAUCCCGAUCAUCAAGGAAGAAGUUUCAGGCUAAAAUUAGCACUACCAAAAAUGGAGUGAUAAAGUCUUUAAGCUAUUUUUGA